UGUAUCACGAACAUCCAAGAUGACCUGACCUACGACACUUCAUGAUUCUGCCCAACAGACCGCCCGUACACAUUGCCUAACCUCACCUAAUCAUCCGUCAUUCGAGCGCUGGGGAUACAUUAGUACACAAUGGGCGACCAAGAACACUACUCCUCCACCGCCCGAGCGCUGGCAUCGCAAUACAACGACUACAGCGACGACGAAUCGAACCUCGCCGCCCCGACCUUCCACCGCAGCAACUCGCACUCGCCGCUCUGGUCGCGUCGCUCUCUCGACUCCACUCCUCGACGACCGCAACGGCGACGAGACAAAUACCUCCAAUACGCCGAGCAAUACUACACUCGCGGCUACUCCAUAUGGACACACCUCUCCCCCCUCCAACGCGCCGGCGCAAUCUUCUUCUCCAUCUUCUUCACCGUCCUCGCCAUCCUCGCCAUCACAUACAGCCACUCCAUCUUCCAAUACCUCGCCCCCGUCGCCAAACGCUGGCGCAACGCCCCCGGCGGCUGGCUCAUCCUCUGGCUCGCAACGUUUUUCGUCUCCUUCCCUCCCAUGAUCGGGUAUAGCACCUGCGUCACGACAGGAGGAUUCGUGUUCGGCAUGACCAAAGGCUGGUUGAUACUCUCCUCGGCGACGAUUCUCGGCAGCACGACGUCUUUCCUCCUCAGUCGGACGGUGUUGAAAAACUACGUUUCGGAUAUGACGAAGAAGAGUGCAAAAUUCUCGGCGUUGGCUAUGGUGCUCAAACAUGAUGGGAUUAAGCUGUUGAUCAUGAUCAGACUGUGUCCUCUGCCGUAUAGUUUUUCGAAUGGCGCGAUCAGCACGAUUCCGACGGUGACUUGGCAAAAGUUCAUGUUGGCGACGGCGAUUGCGAGUCCGAAGUUGUUGUUGCAUGUGUUUGUGGGGAGACAGUUGGGAGUUAUUGCGGAGAGUGGGGAUAAAAUGUCUUUUGGGACCAAAGUGGUGAGUUAUACGACCAUGGUGAUUGGCAUUGGGUUAGGGAUUGGGACGGGAUAUUUGAUCUACUCGCGUACAGUGGCGAGAGCGGCGGUUUUGGAGGCCGAAGAAGCUGCUGCUGCUCGAGGUGGGAAUGUGAGGAGAAGUAGUGGUUCUGUGGGAGGAUAUACUGAUGAUGGUGAUGAUGCCGAUGAGGAGGAUGCGAGGCAAAGGGCUGAUGUGCUGCGAGAGAGGCAGAGUGACGUGUCUUUGCAUACGACAUAUGAACAUGACCUGGAACGGGGGUAUAGAGAUGAUUUCACAGAUGAUGAAGAUGCUACGGAAAGAGACGUCUUUGAUGCGGGAGACGGAGAGACGGAUGACGAGAGCAAAAGCUCCAAAUGAUAUAGAAGAAUGAAACUUUCUAC